GCAGAUUUACCCACAAAUUCUUCAUAUUUGACUGAGCAUUGGCUCCAAUGCCAGUGCUAAGUCCACUAUCAUCUAUUCUAAUUUCUGUCUCAGGAAAGUGAAGACGAGCGUGCGGCAGAGGGAAGAGAGAAGGGCGAACCGAAGGAAGUGAAUGCCACUCUCUACUAUCUUUUUAGCCUUCGGAAAGCUGACUCAAAACCCUUAAAGAAUUCGUAUUGCGGCGUUAUAUCGGUUGCAGACUUGGCGUUCGAACUGUGCAUUUUCUCGUUUGGUUUUUCUCCAAAAAACGAAAGAAAAACGUUAUGCAAAUUCAAAGACUUUCAAUUCCGAAUCACACUCUCACACCACCAAAUUACUCGCCCUCUCCUCAUAUUUUCCCGUCCUUCAAACUUGUCUCCAACCCAAGUUCUCAAUCCGGGUUUUGCAAUUUAUUCAAUAGGGUCUCCAAAUCACGAACUACUUUGAAAAAGCGUACUGGCUUGAUUAGGGUCAGAUGUGGAAGAAUGGCACAAGAUACUGAUGAUGGGUUUUACAUGAGGAGGUGUGUGGAGCUUGCCUGGAAGGCAAUUGGGUGUACCAGUCCCAAUCCCAUGGUGGGAUGUGUGAUUGUCAAGGAUGGGAAAAUUGUUGGGGAAGGGUUUCACCCAAAAGCUGGACAGCCUCAUGCGGAGGUGUUUGCUCUGAGAGAUGCUGGGGAUUUGGCUGAGAAUGCAACAGCAUAUGUGAGCUUGGAACCAUGUAAUCACUAUGGGAGAACUCCUCCCUGCACUGAAGCCCUCAUUAAAGCCAAAGUGAAAAAGGUAGUGGUUGGUAUGGUGGAUCCAAACCCUAUAGUGGCUUCGAAGGGGGUGGACAAACUGAGAGAUGCAGGAAUUGACGUGAGUGUGGGUGUGGAAGAAGAAUUAUGCAAGAGGCUUAAUGAGGCCUAUAUCCAUCAAAUGUUGACUGGAAAUCCCUUUUUAACACUCAGAUAUUCUCUCUCGGUUAAUGGCAAUGUGUUAGAUCAGCUUGGCAAAGGAGCGAAAGAGCCUGGUGGCUACUACUCACAAUUGUUGCAGGAAUAUGAUGCAGUUAUACUGUCUCCCACCUUAUUAAAUGACAAGUUCUCCAUUCUGGCAUCCCAAGAACCUGGAGCCAAGCAACCCCUUUGGAUUCUAACAGCAAGAACUUCUCAUCCUCCAAUCAAAAUUCCAGGCCUUUCCACUGAGGAAACUGCUAAGAUGAUAAUCUUCACAGACAAAAAUAUGGAUGUACAGCAGGAAACGGUUCUACAGGGAAUUGAAAUGGUGGUUUUGGAUCAGAUAAAUCUAAAGGCAAUUCUGGAAUAUUGUAAGUGCCAAGGGUUUUGCAGUGUUCUGCUGGAUGUGAGGGGGAACUUUGGGGAUAUUGAAGAGCUUCUCAAAGAGGGUAUCGAGCAAAAUCUAUUGCGAAAAAUUGUGGUGGAAGUUUUGCCUCUUUGGCAUGGAAGUAAUGGCGAAAAUCUGCUAGUGGCAAUAAAUAGUAUAGAUAAAAGAUUAAAAAUAAAGAAUUUACAGUCCAGAACCUCGAAUGAGAAUGUGGUGCUCGAGGCUUAUCUGUAAUGUAAGUGACUAGAGCUCUUUUGAAUUGUAACGAAUGUGACAAAUGGUAAAAGUUUGGGUUUUCAUCUUCCAAUGGAUUGAGAGAAGGAAAAAAUUUAGCUUAUUGAGCUUCCCCACCUCACUUUUGUUUACAAUGGACAAGGCCGGCAUGGUUCUCUGAUCUCAGCAUGCUGCCUCAUUUGCAGAUGUCUUUCCUCACAUUUGUUUCAGAUGUUUGAAGAUGUAUUCUAUAAUUCUAUGAAAUGAUAAUGCAGGGGUUUACCUAAU